AAGGUCCACACAGAGCACACCGAGGAGAGGGCACAGACCGUGACCAGGCAGAAAAGUAGCAGACACAGAGUUGGAGACCGUGAAGGGUCUGACAUGGAUGCUAUGGAACACAGAGCCGGACACCGUGGAGGGUCUUACAUGGACGCUAUGGGAGACAGAGCCUGGGAUCGUGAAGGGACUGACAUGGACCCUAUGGGACACAGAGUCUGGGAUCAUGAAAGGACUGACAUAGAUGCCGGCGUCCUGGCCUGGGACAGUUGCCUGCUGGACACGGACACCUUCUGGCGGAACUUCCAUCAUGAGAAACCGCCAAAGAAAACCUACCUCUGCUGCGAGAUGAAGCUCCCCAAGGGGGCCUCCGGGGUUCCUCAGGGCCAAGACAAGGGCGUCCUGCACAAUUUGGUGGGGGACAGGUGGACCGCAGAACACAGGGCCUCCCCAGCUGGGGACACUCUGGGAGAUGUUUCCCAGGGGAAACAGGGGGACACAGAGCUAUCCCCUGGGUCCCCACGGCUGCCACACCUUGGCCUGGAGUCAGCCUGCCCAACACGCGGAGGUGCGUCUCCUGAAGCGGAUCCAGUCCUGGGAGCUGGGCUCUGAGCUGCCCUACGAGGUCACCUGCUUUCAGUCCUGGAGCCCCUGCUGUAACUGUGCCAAACAACUGGCCCGGUUCCUGGAGGAGAACAAACACGUGACCCUGAGCAUCUUCGCCUCCCGCCUCCACACCAUGGAAGACUAUGAGGAGGGGUUGCGCAUCCUGCGGAGUGCCGGGGCCCACAUCGCCAUCAUGACCUCCCAGGACUUUGAGCACUGCUGGGACACCUCUGUGGACAACCACGGAAAUCCCUUCCAGCCCUGGAACACGCUGGUCUCUCAGAGUCAGAAGCUAUCUGAGAAGCUGAAGGUCAUUCUCAAGGUGAUGGACCUCCCUCCCCUCUGCCUCCCCUGCCCUCCUCCAGCCUCUCCUGGCUCUAGCCUUUCUCUGUCCCCCUCCUCCUCCUCUGGGAUACCUGCCCCUUCCCAGAAUGCCAGCGUCCUGGGCCCAGGACUCCUGCCUCUGUUCCCCACCUCCCUGGGUCCCCCUCCCUCCCUUCUCUGUGGCUGCCAGACCACUUCUGUGUGUCCUCUGUCCCUCUGUCUCACUGCCCGGCCCAUUCACCUCCUGCUUCUUGUCCUGGGGCAGAGGGCUGAGGACGGACUUCAGUGUCGCUAAGAUGGUAGGAGACCUCUGUUGGACAGCAGAAGAAAUCCCUUCCUCCCGAGAAAUGUACACUUGGCCUUCACCGCCCUCUGUAGACGGAUGUCAAGAAGCCAGAGAAAGGCAAUGAGCCCAGAGCAAAUAGUCUUAAAAAAAUAAAAACCAAAUAGUAUUACUCAUCAUUGCAAAAUCUAUCUUCUGUUCCAAACACACAUCAUGAAGAUUGCCCUCACCGCUGUCAGAAGCAUUUCCAGAGUUUAGAGAAGUAAUUACUUCAUUGAUUUUAAAUGCAAACAAUAAAAUGAAAUGUGAAGGA